GAUUUGGUCACCUCUUCCUUAUUCUCCGCGGCGCCCAUGGUCCCUCCUGUUGCCAGGGUGGUGGGCCCGGCGGCUCCCGUGUGGUGAGAGAGAGUUUUGGGGACGAUGAAGGCCCCGCACUGCUGCUGCUGCUGUCUCAGCCGCCUCCUGAACUCCGUCGUCCUCUUGCUCCUGCUGCCAGCGCUGAGCGGGCCUCUGGCGGUGCUGCUGCAGGCGGCCGAGGCCGCGCCUCCAGACCAUGGGCCGCGGACCCUGUCGCCGCUGCCGCCGGGCCCCACCGCUGCCCAGCAGCCGGGCCGUUCUCCGGCUGAAGCCACGGGGCCGCGUGCCUCAGAAGGCGGCAACGGCAGCAGCCCCGGGGCGGGGCUUGCGGCGGUCGAUCACGGAGGGAAGGCCGGCGAAGUCUCAGAGGGUGGCGGCCUCGCGGUGAGCCCCAACCCUGGCGACAAGCCCAUGACCCAGAGGGCCCUGACCGUGCUGAUGGUGGUGAGCGGCGCGGUGCUGGUGUACUUCGUGGUCAGGACGGUCAGGAUGAGAAGAAGGAACCGAAAGACUAGGAGAUAUGGAGUUUUGGACACUAACAUAGAAAAUAUGGAAUUGACACCUUUAGAACAAGAUGAUGAGGAUGAUGAUAACACCUUGUUUGACGCCAGUCAUCCUCGAAGAUAAGAAUGUGCCUUUUGAUGAGAGGACUUCAUCUUUCUACAGUGAAGAGCGGAGUUUCUACAUUUAAGGAAUAAGAAGCCACUAUAUCAAUGGGGG